UCAUUCUCUUUCUGGCUCUGCUACUACACACUUCCCAUUUUCAAUCAAUGCCAUCCCUUUUCCAAUUCCCCCUAAACUCUUUUCAAUUAUAUAUUCAUCACCCACUCUGUAUUUAUGAUUGAUCAAGACCAAUGUGGGGUUCUUCCUACAUUUGUUGCCUUUCACACCCCCUUUACCCUAAUUUGAACGGCUUCUUUGCUUUAAAUGAUGAUUCUUCGCUUCCACUGUAUCAUUCGCAUUUCUUUGUUUUUUGAUUUUUGAUCUUUCGCUUACACGUAUACACACAUAUAGCAAAUGCCCUCCCGUUCUCUGGUCCUAACGUUGUUUUCGGUACAGCUUUGAGUUGUUCUGUAUAGAAACAAUACUCUGAAAUGCAGUUAAUGAUCGUCACUGUAAACUGUCGGUGAGUUAUUCAUCUUCUUCAACUCCUCGUCAACAGGACAGAUGUUGAAAGUAAACUGUGAUUCAACUCCACCUAUUUCUCCAUCGCCUUCUCUUUUGUCUUCCCGUCAUUCAAGUUUUCAAGGUUGUUCUUGGAGUAAUGGACACAUUAGCAAAGAUCAUGGUGGUGUUCUAGAAAUGGCACCAAAACCUUCCUACACUCUUACAGCAGAUGUUGAAUUGGGGAAGAUAUUGCCCGAUCAAUCCUCCAUUUGGUCAGAGUCAGAGAUGACACCAUGUUCGAGUUCGUUUUCUUCCAUUGCUUCAAAUGGCACACUAAAUUCAAAGUCAUCGGUGGAAUUGGUGAAAGAGAUCACCUCUCUUGAAAUGGAAAUACUUCAUUUGGAACGUUAUUUACUUACACUCUAUCGGACAGCUUUUAAGCAGCAUGUUCAUAGUAUGCAUAUCGAGUUCCCUUCAGAACAUAAGAUCACAUCUGUUGCUGAUCAGUCACGCUUCAUAGUGAAGUCUGAUGCUCGGUUAAGUGGUCAUCGUGGUGAACUUUUUCCUCUACGGGAAGGAGUUACUGGUUUAAAUCAUCACAGUGGUUCUGCCGUUCCAGAUCCAUCAUCUAGAAGAGAGAGAAAAACUGCUCGUUGUAGCCAUCGUAGUCUUGGGGAUCACCUUGGAACUCCAACCGAAAACACCCUUCUUGAUGGGCCUGAUAUACUUUCUGAAGAUAUAAUCAGAUGUAUAUCUUCUAUCUAUUGCAAGCUCGGGGACAAAAAUCAAUCUCAAAUCGGACCUUCGGUUUCUUCCACUUCAUCCUUGUCCUCAUCGGGUACAUAUUGUACCACAAAUCUUUCCGAUACCUGGAGUCCUUAUUGCAAUGAGGAAGCUACAUGGGACAGUAAAUUCGAGAGCUCGAAAGAGGAAAGAGGGCCGUAUGCUGAGAUGAUAGAAGUUUUGAAAAUAGGGGUAGAUGAUGAUGGUUUCAAUUAUGCUUCGAGGAUGCUAAAAAAAUUCAGAACGUUGGUAAAGAGACUUGAGAAUGUUGACCCUCGGAAAAUGAAGCGCGAACAAAAGCUUGCGUUUUGGAUCAACAUUCAUAACGCUUUGGUGAUGCAUGCAUAUUUAGCAUAUGGAACUCAUAAUAACACAAAAAGUAAUUCCAUUUUGAAGGCGACUUAUAACAUUGGGGGGCACUCGAUCAAUGCAUAUAUCAUACAGAUCUCUAUAUUUGGAAUCAAAUCACACUUUAGAGCACCGUGGCUACAGUCACUGCUAUCUCCUGGUAGGAAGUUGAAGACGGAGCCUAAUAAACACGUUUACGCCAUUGAAUACCCGGAGCCGCUUGUUCAUUUUGCUCUUUCUUUAGGGGCAUUCUCGGACCCUGCGGUUCGUAUCUACAACGCAAAGAACGUGUUUCAGGAUCUGAGGCUUGCCAAAGAAGAGUUUAUACAAUCAACGGUAUACGUGAACAAAGAAACACGCAUAUACUUACCGAAAAUCUUGUAUUACUUUGCAAAAGAUAUGGCAUUGACUAUAACGGGCCUUUUGGAGAUAGUUAUUGCGUGUUUAUCGGAACGUCAACGGAAGGCCGUGGAAACAAGCAUCAAAGGUAAACCCGACAAAUACGUAUACUGGUUAUCGCAGAGUUCUAUAUUUCGUUACGUGAUUCAUCGAGAAGGAAGACCAUCUGUUUGACUUUUAAGGUUAUUUUUUGUGCAUUUGUGAAGCUGGAAUAACAUUGUUUCUUCUUUUUAGUAGGUUUAAGGAUGUAUAGAGUUGUAACAGUGGAUUAAGGGUAUGCGUUCUUUGUUGUUUGCCAAUUAUCUUG